CAUCAUAGGACUUAGUAAUAGUAAUAGUACAUAUAGUAUUAUUAGGAAGAAUGAUUUGCCCAUUUAUUCACCAACAGCCCAAACAAAAACCACGAGAGAGCGAGAUAGAGGAGAGAUGACGUCGUUCGAGGAGACGGAGUUACGGCUAGGGUUGCCCGGCGGCGGCGGCGGCGUUGGAGGGAAUAAGACCAGUGAAGUUGGAGAUACAGCGGUGCAUUGCAACGGAAAGAGAAGUUACGACGAGACAAUCAUGGAUUUGAAGCUGAAACUGUCAUCAGAUGAUCAGGAAACCAAGAAUGAUCAAGAGAAGAAUCUUUUCGAAGCCACAGGCGGAGGCGAUGGUAAUUGCUCAGUUAACCCACCAGCGAAGGCACAAGUGGUGGGUUGGCCACCGGUGAGAUCUUACCGGAAAAACAUGCUAUCAAUCCAAAAAAACAUAAGCCUCCGCGGCCAUGAAGAGUUUACCGGCGGUUGUGGUGGGGUAGCGUUUGUGAAGGUGAGUAUGGAUGGAGCUCCUUACCUUCGUAAAGUCGAUCUGAAAAUGUACAAAAGCUAUCAAGAUCUCUCCGAUGCUUUGGGCAACAUGUUCAGUUCCUUCACUAUUGGUAACUGUGGAUCGCAUGGGUUGAAGGAUUUCAUGAACGAGAGCAAAUUAAUGGAUCUUUUGAACAGCUCUGACUACGUUCCAACUUAUGAGGACAAAGACGGGGAUUGGAUGCUCGUUGGUGAUGUUCCUUGGGAGAUGUUCGUUGAUUCAUGCAAGCGUUUGCGUAUAAUGAAAGGGAAGGAAGCUAUCGGGCUUGCACCAAAAGCUAUGGAGAAGUGCAAGAACCGCAGCUAAAAGCCGCAAACGGGAUUAACUACAAUCUUUGUGUGGCAUAUGGGAUCAAGAAUACUCUAUGUGGAUUGAACAAACAUUUGGGUUAAUUUGUGUAUGUAUUUAUUAUAUAUUUUUACUUCAAAAUUAUUUCAAGAUCUGGAGUUUUCUAUUGUUGAUUAUAUUGUGAAAGUAAUAUGUAUUAUAAACUGUGGUGAUUUGAAUUCGUGGACAUAAAAUAGGCACAAACAACAAUAAACUCUUGUAUAAUUAAUAUGUCCUACCAAA